AUGACAAACAGGGGCUUAAGUUUUGUUGAAACCAGGCCAUCAAUCCAACAAGAAGAUUCCAAUACACCUCAAUUGGUAGACUGCCUCAUUGUUGAUGCAGAGGACUACAAAGUAAUUGGUGACUAUGAUGUCCCAAUGUCCGUGCAACAUACAGAAGCUAUGCUCGAAGAAAUUGAUCGAAUGGAUGCGGAAAUUGAAAUGGAAGAAAUCGACGAGGAGGAGCCAGUUGUGGACAUAGAUAGUGCUGAUAAGAAGAAUCCACUUGCGGUUGUCGAAUAUAUUGACGACAUAUAUGCCUACUACAAAAAGACGGAGAGUUGUAGCUGUGUCCCACCAAACUAUAUGGAACAGCAGUCUGACAUCAAUGAAAGGAUGAGAGGUAUUCUCAUCGACUGGCUGAUUGAGGUGCAUUACAAGUUCGAACUGAUGGACGAGACGUUAUAUUUAACUGUUAGUCUCAUCGAUAGAUUCUUAGCCAUCCAACCAGUGAUAAGAAAGAAACUACAGCUCGUUGGAGUAACAGCUAUGCUCAUUGCCUGCAAAUACGAAGAAGUCUCUGUUCCCGUUGUGGAGGAUCUUAUUUUGAUUUCUGAUAGAGCUUACAGCAGAAAAGAAGUUCUUGAUAUGGAGAAAUUGAUGAUCAACACCUUAAAGUUUAACCUCUCGUUUCCAACUCCUUACGCGUUCAUGAGACGGUUUCUUAAAGCUUCACAAUCCGACAAAAAGUUGGAGCUGCUAUCCUUUUUCAUGAUUGAACUCUGCCUAGUCGAAUAUGAGAUGCUUAGGUUCCCGCCUUCAUUGUUAGCAGCAGCUGCAAUUUUUACAGCCCAAUGUACUCUCAGCAAAUCAAAGCAGUGGAGUAAGACAAUUGAGAAGCAUACAAAAUACACCGUGGACCAGCUUUUGGAAUGUGCAAAACUAAUGGCGGCUUACCAUCAGAAGGCAGGUACUGGGAAACUUACUGGUGUGCAUAAGAAGUAUAGUACCUCAAAAUAUGGAUAUGCUGCUAAAUCAGAGCCUGCUGAUUUUCUCUUAAAUCUUAAAGAGUUUUAG